UUGCUGACAGCAGCAUGUGGGUCUGCGGCGCGCUGUGGGGGACGCGAGCCCCGGCGCGAUUUCAACCGCGGCUCCUAGCAGUUUGGCGCCGUCACGGUCGUGCUGCCUCCUACUCCGCAUCCGCUGAGCACCCCCGGGUCCGGGCGCUGGUCUAUGGGAACCAUGGGGAUCCAGCCAAGGUCGUCGAACUGAAGAACCUGGCGCUGGCUGCCAUGGGAGGAUCAGAUGUCCGUGUGAGGAUGCUGGGCCCUAUCAAUCCAUCUGACAUAAAUAUGAUCCAAGGAAACUACGGCCUCCUUCCCAAGCUGCCUGCUGUUGGAGGGAACGAAGGCGUUGGACAGGUGGUAGCAGUAGGCAGCAGUGUGACUGGGUUGAAGCCAGGAGACUGGGUGAUACCAGCAAAUGCUGGUUUGGGAACCUGGCGGACAGAGGCCAUGUUCAGUGAAGAAGCACUCAUUGGAGUUCCCAGUGACAUCCCUCUUCAGAGUGCUGCUACCCUAGGUGUCAACCCCUGCACAGCCUACAGGAUGUUGAUGGACUUUGAGCAGCUGCAGUCAGGGGAUUCUGUCAUCCAAAAUGCAUCCAACAGUGGAGUGGGGCAAGCAGUCAUCCAGAUCGCCGCAGCUCUGGGCCUGAGGACCAUCAAUGUAGUCCGAGACAGGCCUGACAUCCAGAAGCUGAGUGACAGACUAAAGGAUCUGGGAGCUGAGCAUGUCAUCACAGAGGAGGAACUAAGAAAGCCUGAAACAAAAAACCUGUUCAAGGACAUGCCCCAGCCACGGCUUGCUCUCAACUGUGUAGGAGGGAAAAGCUCCACAGAACUGCUGCGGCACUUAGCGCCUGGAGGAACCAUGGUGACCUAUGGGGGGAUGGCCAAGCAGCCCAUCAUAGCCUCUGUGAGCCUGCUCAUUUUUAAGGACCUCAAACUUCGGGGUUUUUGGUUGUCCCAGUGGAAGAAGGACCACAGUUCAGAUGAGUUCAAAAAGCUGAUCCUCACUCUAUGUGACCUCAUCUACCAAGGCCAGCUCACGGCCCCUGCCUGCUCCGAGGUCCCUUUGCAGGACUUCCAGCAGGCCUUGGGAGCCUCGAUGGAGCCCUUCAUGUCUUCAAAGCAGAUUCUCAUUAUGUGAUCAUCCCAGAGGAGCCAGAAGGAGGUGGGAUAGGAGGUGGACCAACAGAGCUGGCUGCAGGCCCCUCCAUCGGGGCCCAGCCUUCUCAGACUGCUUUCUGCUUGCCACUUUUCCCACCUGGAGGAUGGAGAGGCCAGCCUCAGUGUAGGUAAUAAAGUGUGAACUUUCUAAAUAAAGAACAAAGACUAAAAUCAUCCGUAUGGAAGAGCACCACUAUGCCCCUGCCAUCUCACAGCACUAAUGAGCCCCAUGCCAUUUCUCCCUCACCUGCUCCCCAGUGGGCAUUUCCUGACUACCCUGAAAGCAGUUCUUCAGUGGGUGCAGAGAAGUGCAGAAGCCAGCAAGCCACCGUCUCUGCCCUCAGCGUACAAGCCCACAGAGAGUCCUGUAUAAAGGAAGGUUGAGCUCACUUCUGGGGAAGCAUGCAGGUCUGCCCCGGGCAAGGGGGUCAGCUACACAGAAGAGCUAGUGCGGGCUGAGGUCACCAUGCCCUGAGCAACUGAGCACCAGGACCUCAGGUGGCUGGCCAACCCUUGGGGCACCUCCAUUCUAAUGGAAAUAGACAUUAUAUACCAAUGGUUCUUAACCAGAGGCAACUUUACCCUCAAGGGCAUUUGACAAUGUCUGGGGACAUUUUUGGAAAGCAGGUUGUUAUUGGCAUCUAGUAGACAGAGGUCACUGAUACUAGUAAACCUUCUGCAAAGGGGACUGGGAUUGUAGGAGCUCAGUGGUAGAGCUCUUGCCUAGCAUGCAUAAGGCCCUGGGUUUGACCCCCCAGUACUGCCAAAAAACAAACAAACAAACCUACAAUGCCCAGGCCAGCCUCCCAUACCAGUCAUUGAGCCCAGAGUUUCCAUGGUGCUGCUGUUGAGAAAGUGUGGCCAGGGCAAUGGGCAACAGGGCUUCCUUGAGAUGGAGUUAGCAAGUGGAGCCUAAAAAUUGAAUCAGCUUCAUUCAGACAAGAAGAGUGCCUCAGUUGACUGGUGUUUGCUUCAUGAUCCACUUGCCCAAAGCAAAGAACAGACUUACGGAUGUCUCCUUUGUCACCUGGUCUCAUUCAGGGAGCAUUCGCUGAGUGCCUAGUGUUUGGUUAAAGCAAGGAAUGAGAGAUGUGCUGGCCCUCAAGUUGCAUAGCAUAGUGCAAGAGACCAUUUCAGUAUUAAAGAUGGAGGUAGAGAGGACACUGAAGGGCUCCAGCUCUGCCUGAGGCUGUCAAGAACUCAUGGGAUAAUGUCCACAGAAAUCUCCAAGUCCAGACAGGAAAACGUGUAUCAAGCAAAGCCAGCCAGUAUGUGGAAGAGUUUGGAGGACAGAGAGAUCCUGGCACUUGGGGAACUGCACACAGUGGAGUGUAGCUGCUGCUUGAGAGGGUGUCAGAUAAAAACUGAAAUGGGAACAGUAGGCAGGGGUCAGAUCUCAAAAGGCCCGGUAGCCAGGACUUCCCUGAAGUCUGGAGGGGCAAUGAGGGAUUUUGAGCAACGGGGAGAUGAUACAAAAACUGUCUGUGUUUAAUUGCAUGCCAGUGUGUACCUAGGCUCCCAGCAUACUCUUUCCUCUGAGAACAUCUUGUGUGGCCUCCGGAGAGAGGGACUCAGCUUGAGCCUGCAGCUGGGAAAGGUCUGCAGGUGCCCCUGGGUAAAAUUUGCCAUUUUGUACACCUGGGCUCAGGACCAGCCCCUCCCCUUUCCAUUCCCCAAUCUGUCCUCUAGGUUACUGGGACAGGUGAUUUGUACAGAGUCAAUAUGGGCAAAUGCAAACACCUCCAAGGGAGGGGAGGCUGCAGGAGCAAAAGGUAAGAUGAAGGUCUUGGGAGUCCAUAAAGUUGAGGGUUAGGAGAGUCUACAUCCAUGGUGAGGGAAGCCCCUGGUACAACUCUGGGAGGAGGCUGAUGAUCUUCUGAAGGAACCUUCAAAAUCUUGAGAACAGUGAAGGGAACUUGGCAUUGUGUCUUUAGGGAUCGGGAGUUAUGCACUUGGACUGCUCUUCAAAGGAUGAUUAUAAUUUACUCAGGGAAGGGAGACAAACAUUACAGACUCAGGGACCAGAUGAGCAAAGUUACAGAAGCAGAGCAUUUAUAUUAGAACCAUCCUCUUCUCCCCAAGUACCCUUUUUUUGGUUUGUUCUUUUGGCAGCACUGAGCUUUGAACUCAGGGCCUCAUGCUUGGUAGGCACGCUGUUCUCUUUCUUAGACUUAAAACCCACAACUUUUAUCCAGGAACAUGGUAGGCUGGACUCUACACUAUAUUUUUCCACCUCCCUUGCAGCUAACAAGGUCACACCAGUGGUGUAAAGCAGAGGUGUUAGGUGCCAGUUUCUUAGGACCCUCUUUAGAUGUAGCUGCCAUGCACCUUGUGCUUUUUUCUUCCCCUUCUGCCUUCCUCCCAGUAGGGGUACAGACAUGAUUCCUGGGAACAAACCUGUGUACAGCCAUGCCUGACCAUGGUAAGGAUGGAACAGCAUCAAGGUCAAAGGAGCUGCAGCUCUGACACCCAGAGUCCCCAGCUGCCUACUUCAGGACCUGCUAUUCAUGAGCAAAAAGCUUCUACCUUACUAAAUUAAGCCCCUGGUAUGUGACAUUUCACUAAACCUAAUGCUAAGUAAUACCAUGUACUAAGUGAUUUAAUGUUCUCUGAAAUCAAGUCAACUAAUCAGAAGCAGAAAAAGUUAAUUGUGGCAACUUGCAAUUCCCAGCAAAGGAAUUUACUCUACCUUGUUUGUAUAGGGGACAAAGAUUUCUAAAUCAGAAGAACAUGAUUUGGAAAAAUCCCUCUGGUAUCAGGUUGGGGGACAAUUUGGAGGAGGGAGGCACUAAAGAAAGAUAUAAUUGGAAAUUCUCAGGCUUCUGAAUUUCAGAUAAGUAAAUCCAUCCCCGCCACUCCACAGCCAAACUUCAAACACCAACUAAUGGUUGCCAACAUUUAAGAGGCUAGCUGAAAAAAGGAAACAGACAAGCAAUGAGAGCCAGAUGCCAGUGGCUCACACCUGUAAUCCUGGCUACUCAGGAGGC